UUUCUUUUUUUCUUUUCCUUUCUUUUUCCCUUUUUUUUCUUUUUUCCAUUUUUAAAUAUUUUUUUCACCAUCUCCUCUCCUGAAAAUGAAACUUUGGACAUCUCCCUGGGUGUCUUGUCUGGUGAUACUCAUCUUGUGUUUUGGAUCAGAGUGCGGGACAGUCCGGAGAAAGGGGAGAUCCAAGAGGGAGUUGGUGCGCAUUAGGGAGGCGAAAGCCACCAUCCCAGGGGCUUGUGCCACACGUCUGCCCCGGGGCAAGCGGUCUUUGCCCGGCUUGGAACGGCGGGUGCCUCGCCAACGUCGGCGCUCCUCGCAGGCGGAAGAAAACUCUCCAGGUCGGGGGAAAGCUGUCUAUUUCACCGGCAGGGGCGACCAACUACGGCUAAAGCCUGGCGUGGAGAUACCCAGAGGAAAUUUCACUCUGGAAAUGUGGAUCAAACCAGAGGGAGGUCAGCGAUCACCCACAGUGAUUGCAGGUCUUUACGACAAAUGUUUCUAUGCCUCCAGUGACCGAGGUUGGCUGCUUGGUAUCCAGGCGGUUAGUGAGCAGGGGAACCGUGACCCCCGCUUCUUCUUCUCUCUUAAAACUGACCGGGCCCACAAAGUGACCUCCAUCCACUCCAACACCCGUUACAUACCUAACCAAUGGGCGCACCUGGCAGUCACAUAUGACGGCAUCUACAUGAAGCUCUUUGUAAAUGGUGCCCAAGUCGGUGUCAGCCGGGAGCAAUCUGGUGAUGUUUUUAGUCAUUUGACAAAAAAGUGCAAAGUGCUGAUGAUUGGGGGGAAUGCACUGAAUCAUAAUUACCGAGGGGCGGUGGAAAGGGUGGGUCUCUGGAGGCAGGCUCGAGGGCAGAGGCAGAUCAUCAGGGACAUGCAGGGCCAUGAGGACCCCCAAGAUAUCCCUCAGCUGGUCAUUCGAGAAACCUUUGAGCACCCUGGCCGCAAGUGGCUGACUGUGAAAGAUGGGAGCUUCCCUCAGCCUGAGCAAGGAGGUGGUGGACGCCUAGGGUUUGUGGGUGGUGGUGGUGGAAACGGUGAAGGAUUCCUGGACACUACAUUGGACCCUCCAAGUUGUGGUCAAACUGUCUGUGACAAUGUGGAGGUCAUCAAAAACUACAAUGACCUCUGGACCUUCCGCCGACCCAAGACAGUGCGAUAUCGUGUUGUAAAUAUUUGGGACGAUGCGCGUAGGAGGCCUACUGUAUCUGACCACCAGAUCAGCUUGCAGCACCAGCAGCUAAAUGAUGCCUUUAGUCCGUACAACAUUACCUGGGAGCUUAGUGUUCACAAUGUGACCAACUCCUCCCUUCGCAACCGGCUGAUUCUGGCUAACUGUGACAUCAGCAAAGUUGGUGAUGAUACAUGCGACCCAGAGUGCAACCACCCACUUACUGGGUUUGAUGCCGGUGACUGCAUGUCUGGGCACCGGAGCCGAUGUCCUGAGUUCAAGCAGGGGAAUGGGGUAUGCGACCCCGAAUGUAACUGGGAAAACUUCUUCUAUGACCUUGGAGACUGCUGUAACCCCAAUGUGACAGAUGUGACCAAGACAUGCUUCAAUCGAUCUUCUCCACACAAAGCCUAUUUAGAUGUGAAGGAAUUGAAAGAGGUCCUAAAUUUGGAUGGCUCGACUCACCUGAAUGUCUUCUUUGCCAACUCAUCUGAUGAGGAUCUGGCGGGGGUUGCCACUUGGCCCUGGGACAAAGAAGCCCUGACACAUUUGGGCGGCAUUGUCCUGAACCCUUCUUUCUAUGGAACAUUUGGUCACACUGACACAAUGGUCCAUGAGAUUGGCCACAGUCUGGGGCUUUACCACGUGUUUCGGGGCAUAUCAGAGAUUGAGUCGUGUAAUGAUGCGUGUUUGGAGACUGAGCCCUCAAUGGAGACUGGAGAUCUCUGUGCAGAUACCAACCCCACACCCAAAUACAAAGGCUGCCAAGACCCUGAGCCGGGCAACGAGACCUGUGGCUGCCGACACUUCUCACACACCCCAUUUAACAACUACAUGAGUUAUGCAGAUGAUGCCUGUACAGACUCUUUCACACUAAACCAGGUGGCCAGGAUGCACUGCUACCUGGACCUCAUCUACCAGACCUGGCAACCUGCAUCCAAACCACCUCCAGUGCCAAUGGCACCCCAAGUGGUUGAGCAGCAUCACAAUGCCAUCACCCUGGAAUGGUUCCCACCCAUAUCUGGACACUUUUAUGACAGAGAAGUGGGAUCAGUGUGUGAUAAAUGCACUGAGGGGAGAGUUCUGCUGCAGUAUGCCUCCAACUCCUCCUCCCCGCGACCCUGUUCCCCCUCUGGACACUGGUCCCCUCGGGAGGCUGAAGGCCCACCAGAUGUGGAGCAGGCUUGUGAGCCAAGUGUGCGCACCUGGAGUCCCAAUGCAGGGAUUGAGCAAGGUGCUGUGGGACUCUCCGAGUGUCCCCUGCAGGGCUGCAUGCUUCAGCUGGAGUUCCCCUACCCGCUGGUGCCAGACUCCCUCACUGUGUGGGUCACCUUCUUCAGCCCUGAGGAAACCGCAUUGCCAGCGAUCCACAACAUAUUGCUACUAACUGUCAGUGGGAACAACCUUUCACUGGGCCCCAGUAAUGUCUUCUGUGACACUCCACUGACCCUAAAGCUGGAUGUAGAGGAGGAGGUUUAUGGGGUACAGUUCUUCACUAUGGAGCAGCACCUAGAGAUCGAUGCUACCCUCCUGACAUCCAAGCCUGACUGUCCGCUUUGUAGGCACUGCCAACCACUACACUACCGACUUUUGCGCCAGCCACCCUUCUCUCAUGCUCCACAUGGUCUGAUGUUGAAUGAACCUACUCGCCGAUAUACAGACAGGGACGUGGUACCCCAUGCUGUGUAUACCUACCAGGUCCAGACUGUCUCCAGUCAGAGUGAGAGCGAGCCCUCUCCACCUCUGGUGCAUGAGCUGGGGGCACCCUACUGCGGGGAUGGACAGAUCCAGAGCUCCAAAGGAGAGGAAUGUGAUGAUAUGAACUCCAUCAAUGGGGACGGCUGCUCCAGUCAGUGCAAGAAAGAACCCUUUUUUAACUGUGUUGAGGAGCCAAGCAUGUGUUAUUACUAUGAUGGCGAUGGGGUGUGUGAGGAUUUUGAGCGGGAGACUGGUGUGAGGGACUGUGGCCUGUACACCCCCAGUGGCUUCCUGGACCAGUGGGCCUCCACUGUAGAGGUUUCCCAUGAGAAGAAGCCCUACUGCUCCGGUGAAGUAGCCGCUGGAUACCCUGCUGUGACUAAGACAUGUCAGUCCAAGGUGUUUGAUCUGUCAGAUGGGGUGUCCCAGUAUGCAUGGUUCCCCUGCCGGGAGGCCCAUGUUUCAUCUUGGGGGUACCCCGAGUAUUGGCUCAAGGCCCACUUUUCUCACCCUAUGGUGGCAGCUGCGGUGAUAAUUCACCUAGCCGCUGAUGGGACCGGCUACAUUGACCAGACCCAGUGCAACAUCACUGUUCAGCUGGUGGACACCAAGGAGGGCAUCCAUAGCUUAGGUGAGUGGCGUCUGAGUUGCCGCACCAAUCCUUUGGUGAUCCCAGUGAGCCACGACCUGUCAGUGGCCUUCUACCACACCAAGGCCAUCCUGGUCAUGUUCGCCUCUCACCUUGUGGCCAUCUCCGGCGUUGGCCUGCGCUCCUUCCAGUCCUUCGACCCCAUCACAAUAAGUGGCUGCCAGAGCAAUGAGAUCUACAAUCCCACCGGCCAGAGUUGUGUACAUUACUCAUGCGAAGCCAUUGACUGCCAGGAACCCUUAAUCCGCAAUGCAGAGCUCAAGUGCAGUAGUCCUGCCCGCCACUUCUACAACGGUGACCGCUGCACCAUUGUCUGCAAGUCUGGCUACGUCCUGCAGGUCCACCAGGACGAUGACAUCAUCAAGAGCCAGUUGGACUCUUCGGUGACAAUAACCUGUGCAGAUGGGAAGUGGAACAAACAGGUGUCAUGUGAGCCCGUGGACUGUGGCCUGCCAGACAAAUACCAUGUGCACCCAGCCCAUUUCAGCUUCCCUGAGGGCACCACCUAUGGCAAAAAGAGCACUUUCCAGUGUAGGGAACCUGCCCAACUUGUAGGUACCAACAACACACUAACCUGUCUGGAAGAUGGUCUGUGGUCUUUCCCAGAGGCCCUGUGCGAGCUUCGCUGCCCAGCCCCUCCCCCUGUGCCCAAUGCUGUGCUGCAGACCAAGCGCUGCAAUGAGACAGGCCUCAAAGUGGGCUCGCUCUGCAAGUACAAGUGCAAGCCAGGCUACCAUGUCACUAACAAGCCUAAGAGGCGUGCAUUUAAGCGUCAGUGCACAGAGGAUGGCAGCUGGCUAGAAGGGGCAUGCGAGCCGGUGACUUGUGAACCGCCACCGCCCAUCUUCCAUGGCUCCUACCACUGUACAGAUGGCUUCCGCUUUGACAGCGUCUGCAGACUCAACUGCUCCGAUCCUGCCGGUAAUACUGCCAUCGCCGCCGCAGGAGGCUCUGCCCACACGGUGAGGCUGCCGCACCCUCCAUGCAAGCAGGGCCCUGGGUCCAAUGCAAUCCGCUGUAGGAAGGAUGGAAACUGGACAGGAUCGUUCCGCCUGUGCCCACAGAGCAAAGGCCAGUGUUCUUUACCUCAAAACCUCCAUUAUAGCCUUCAGUACUCGUGCAAGAGAGGACACGGCAUAGGUGAGGAGUGUGAGCUGACGUGCAGAGAGAGCAACAAUGAUGUGGUGAUCCUCCCUAGCAACAUGACAGCAGAGAACGUACUCAAAGAGCACUGGAGGAACCCGCCCAAAGUCAAGAGUAUAGUCUGUACAAUGGGACUGAAGUGGUAUCCACACCCAGAAAUGCUCCACUGCAUCAAAGGAUGUGAGCCAUUCAUGGGAGACAACUACUGUGACGCAGUAAACAACAGAGCCUUCUGUAACUACGAUGGAGGAGACUGCUGCCAAUCCACUGUCAAGACCAAGAAGGUGAUUCCAUUCCCCAUGUCCUGUGAUAUACGAGAAGACUGUUCCUGUCGGGAUCCCAAUGCUAUAGAGAACAGAAAGGAUGAACAUGUCCAUUCCCUGGGGUGACCAACCUGAUCAGGGACCUCCUUUCAAUGUCCCAGGACCCCUGCUCCAACACAACACAGCCAGACUGGCCGAGGCAGACCCCUCCUUCAUCCUCCUCUCGGCCUCCAAUUUCCUGCACAUGCUGCUUUACAGGCAUACCUCUCCAUCCAUACUGCAACCCCAACCAGCUGAACUGCCUCCACCUCCACAUCACGGAAAGAUCUACAAAAGAGGAUGGGACUCAUGAGACUCCACAGAAAACUUCAUUUCACAGCUAAAAGGAAAGUAACCCCUGCAAUGCCAUCAUUCCAAAAAAAAAAAAGAAAAAAGAGAAAAAGAAAGAAAGAAAACAUAUACAGCAAGGUAAAAUAAAUAAAUAAAUUGCAUAAAACCACAGACAUCUUUUGAAUGAAUGACAAGAGAGAAAAAAAAAAAAAAAAAAAAAAAACAGAAACAUAAUCAAGUCUGGAUAGCAUGCCUUUUGUUCAGUUUUGUGCCAGCUUAAGUGUCCAUUUCAGUGACCUUGCCCUACAAUCUCAUGAAUGAACCAAAGGUAAAUGAAAAUGCGCAAGUGAAGAAUUACGUUUUUGUUGGAUCUAUGAUUUGCUACUAUGAAGGGGAUCAUGACAAACACAAAGUAAAGUUGUUAAAAAAAAAAAAAAAAUCUUAGAUACUUCAAAGGCAUGUUCCACACUUUAUUUUCUUCGGAGGGGGUAGAAAUUUUUGUCUAUGCCAUUCCAGGUUUAAAACUGGUCAGAAAUUCUGUACCUCUUUGUCCUUUUCAGUAAUAAUAGUGUUUCUUCUCAUAGGCACAUCAGAGGAUAUGGGGGUUAUUCCUCAGCACAUAUGUGAAACAGAAGCGAGUGAUGGCUUGGUGGGGAUUGAGACAGCCAUAUUGUUACGUUUCAAACCACGAGUUCAACACAAAAACAAAAACAAUAAUGACGGGAAAAAAAGAAAAGAAAAAAAAAAAAAACUUUUCCACAUUAAAUUACCACAGAAAUCAUUUUUCAAGGCAUUUUUUUUAUACUCAGAGCAAAUUUAAAUGCAAAAUCCAAACAUUUUUUUUUAGCAUGGCUUCUGCUAAUAUGAUUGCUGCUACUUGCCAUUUCCUCACCAUACGGUUAGACAAAAGCCUUGUCUGCCAUGCUGCUUACGGUACCUCUUAGGAGCAUUCAUUCACCCUUGUGUGCUAGUACAUGUACUUAACGCUCACACAAAGACAGAAUUCAUGUUGACAACACUGCAUAUGAAAUGCACUAAGAACUUAUGCGAACUCUGAACCUCACCUCUCAGUCUCAUUUAACCCAGAUGCCCGAGCGAACGACAAAACACUCCCAAUCCUUUGACCGCGACUUAAAGAAUGUCAUUGAUAACACCUCAGUUAGGGCUGGGGUGAUUUCAGUUUCAGUUUGAGCCCCGUUCUUUGUGACGCUUGAGAAUAACUUUAAUUUAUGAAACGAAAAAAAGAAAGAAAAACCCUCAUCGAUGGCCAUUUGUUACGUCGAGCACUGAUAAAUACGUUUGAACUGUAACUGAAAUGAUCCCGGCCCUUUUCAGAAUGUAGUCAAUGCUUGUCAGGAGUCUCUGGCCUUUUUUUUUUUUUUUUUUUUCUGCUCCAUCGCACAGUCCUGCACAGCACGGUCACAUAAAGUACAGAUAUAAAAGGCUGGAUACAGGCCAUUUGUCCUCAUGAGAGAGUUGAAGAGUAAAGAUAGAACAAGCUGUGUGCAGGCUUACUUCCAUAAGUCAUUUUGAAAAAGACAGCGCUUACAAAACUAUUAUCUAACUUGGCAUUCACUAGUGUGAUAGUAAACAACAAAUGUGGUGGGCAAGCACACCCACAGGAGUCUCCCAUUAGCAUUACACUCCCAUUAGUAUCUUUGCAGGCAACAAAGGUAUACAAGAAAAUGACAUUUGGAUGUAUUCAUCGUCAAAACAUAGCAUUUGCAGUGACAAUGUGGUCGAUAUACUCUGCUCGUUUUAGUGUUUGAGUUAUUAAUUUAACCAUUAAUUUUAUUUCUGCAGUAAAAUAAGAAAGUGCAAUGAUUUUUUAUGAUCGGCACUUUUCAGUAUUGUGAACUUAGGCGUCCUUCCCCACCAACUACUUAACUUCAUUAGAUUAUAUGGCUGCUAAUGUGGCACUGUAUUUUCAUACUCCUCGUUCAAAACGCAUACGCAGUAAGUUUUUUUUUCCAAAAAAACACUUUUGAAAAUGAAGGCUGCUUGGCAUGUUCAUCCAAAUUUUGCUGCUUUUAUUCGGUUGCAACCCUAGCCUUGGUUUCACUAGUACGAUUGUCGUUGCAUUGCAUCUGGACCAGCAGCGUGGUCCCUCUGUCUCCUAUUAGGCUGCUAUAGCAAUCCAGAACAUCCACAUCAGUAGAGAACAAGUUGUACAGGUGGUAUUAUAAGACCAGAUUCAUGUCAUUUUAGAACCGACGUUUAGAAAAGAACUAAAACACCACAAAACGCAGGAACAGUGACAAGGUAUUAUUUUCAAGCAAAUCAAUAUAAUGUAUAUAUUACUCUAUGCUCUUUAAGACAGAGGAGUUGAAGACAAAAAAAAAUAUUUUAAAUUUUGUUUUUGUCUCAUGUAUUUUUUUUUUCUUUUGCAAAAUGUCAUAUUUAAUCAGUAUUUGUAUUCUUGACCUCAGUUACUGCACUUUUUAGUUGCCACGUAAGAAGAAAAAGUAUAUAUUUCAAAAAAUGUUUAGAAGCUGCUAUUGUCAGGAUGGUGAUUUGAAACAAACUGUAUGAUAUUCUGUUAUUUGACUUUCUCUGUUACUAUUAGCUUUUCUGUUUUUAGUGUUUCAUUUGUAUCCAACCCUAGUACCCCCCCACCCCCCCACCAUCAAACUCAUAAACUGAUUUUGCAUAGAAUAUUAUUAAGUUAAGAGCUAGUGUUGCUACAAUUCAUAUAUUCAUCUUCCACUGUCCAUAGAUGCCCCAAACUGAAAAAAAAGACUACAGUACAUUAUAUUUAAAAAGUAUAUAGUUACAUAUUUGUGUUCCUACUGUCCAGGCCACAGAUUUUUUUUUUUUUUUUUUUUUAUGUUUUGUCUAAUAUAGCAUCCUAGGUUUUUGGUGCAAAUUUUGUCAGUUAAACCAAGAGAUGUCAAAGGGGAAGGAAAGCUAAAUGAAGAAAUUAACCGUAAAAGGGACUCUUGAAAGACUUUCUAACUUUUAUGAAAUAUGAAACUUUGUAAGGACGCUCUAAAGGCUACAUCAUCUUCUAAGAUUACAUUUAACACUUUAUAUGAAAAAAUAUAUAUAUAGCCCUGGUUAAAAAAAAAAAAAAAAAAAAAAAAAAAAAAAGGAAUUGUAUUAUGUUGAUAUUAUCAAAUGAUAUGUAAUAUUAAUACUCUAGAUACUGCUGCUUUUCAUAGAACUGUUGCCAGUGGGGAGAGACUGACCUGCAAUCACUACACUAUGCCAAUGAUACGCAGUACUGUGGUUCGUCAUCUGCCAAUGAGAUCUCUGGAAAGCCAUUCCAGCCAUUUGUAUGGAUGUAUCAGAAAUCUAUCUGUCAUUGGAUCCUUCCCUUCAUCCUCCAAAACCGGGUAAACAUAACCAGUUCAUUUCACCUACUUUCUUUAACCAACAAAUUUCCUCUUCAGCAGUUACUUGUAUCGUCAGUCAAAGUCUGGAUACCAGAAACAAACAAACUAACAAACAAAAUAACAGUGGUCAUUAUCAUGCUCACGGAGAGGGGUACAGGCUACAGAAUGUGAUUAUUUGCAUGGCAACCUGUACAUUUGGACAAUUCGGUUGGUUCUCAAUAUUGGAGAAGGUACCCAUAAGCCAUAGCAAAGCACGAUAUUCAUGGGAGGAAGUCUAAGAUUGGGCAUCAGAUGAGGACAUCACCUCUCUACUGUAGUCAUCACAGGAUCCCUUGCUGUACCUCAUGCCUGUAAUGUUUGCUGCUUCUAUAUUUUUGGUAUUUUAGUGACAUUUUUGCGUCUCGUAACAAUGGUGUAAAUAGUAGAACUAUUUAUUGAGAGUGUUAUACUUUUUUAAGUUAUAUUUAAUGUCCAUGUAAGUUAUUUUUUACAUUGUUCUUAUAAACAAACAAAAAAAAAAACAUUAUCGGUUGUGAGUCAAAACUGUCUUUUGUUUCUGUCAUCGUGGUCUCUGUCGUUGUCAUUGUUGUCAAGCAUUGAUCACAAACUGCAGGCCCACAACCGCAGAAGAAGUUGCCUCAUUGAAGAUAGAUGGACACUACUUGUACCCAAUGAGGAUUCACCAUUAUGUUUCAAUGUUACUGAGUGCGGUGCACACAUGUAUCUCUUUUUUUUCCCUUCAAAGCCAGAAUGUAAUGUUUAUUUUUAUUUGCCUAUUCUUAAAAGAAAAAUGCACACAGAAGUCCAAUAUACAAAGAGUUUUGAUGAGAGAGCUUCAUCCAUCAUAUAGCAAAUUUCCUUGUGCGAGCCAGUGUAAAGGCACAAGGAACACGUGUAGCCAGCCAGCUGAGGACAAGAGAUAAUGGGCAAGGAACGAAGACAGGGAUGAGAGGGAAGGGAAGGGAUAGGAGGUCAGACAGCAGCUGACGGGGCCCCCAGAUUGGGUGUUCUUGGAUGGGAGAGAAGCAGAAGGUAGGCAGAGAGGGAGGUAGGGAUGGGUGGGCUGCUUUUCCUGGCCUGUCAAGCUAUUUGUCCAGGUGUGAAAAUGUGUACUCACACAGCCUGCCCCUGGGCCAGAGAUGGCCAGCUCUGACUGGCAACAAGCCGAGGCCAGUGAGUCAGAGUUUCUCCUGGGGGUGGCAGCCUUCCCUCUCUGGGACUCACCCUCCUGACACACUGCCUCAUCUGUCACUGUCAGGUAUGGCUGCAUGGGGUGGCCAGGGUCAGGUUGGCCCUGUGAAAAUGCAGGAGCAUGUUUGCCAAGCUUACAGAGGCUUCUGAGGUCGGGUUGAAAGGAUUUUUUUUUUCUCCUCACCUUGAUCCCUUGUCUUUAUCACAUAAUAUAUGGCUUUUAUAACAGUCAUUUUUGACAGGCUUUGAAACCUCUCCUCAUUUUCCACCAACUGCAAAAACCCUUUGUUAUUGAUUGUACCACCUGGUUGCUGUGGCUUGUUUGAAAACGGUAAAAUAUGGGCCUUCGAUGGCGUCUAACUCACCACAGGCGAUGGGGAGUGUAAGAAUGAGUGGCAGAAGCCCCUUUUGUUUGUGGUCAGAUAAUUGUGGAGAAAAAAACUGAUGUGCCAUCAUGUUUUAAGACAUUUUCUCUGUGUAUUGUAACACAUCAAGUACCUCUCACAGGCUUCUGGUAAUAGAAUGGUCCACUUAUGUCUGUUUCCUAAUUCCUCAAUAAAUAAAAGGUGAAUUGUCCCUUUUCUAAGUGGGAAGUGCAAAAAAAGUGUAUUUACAUAUUAUGUGGAUAUCUAGUGGUAUUAUUGCAAUGUUUCGUACCCGAUUGUUCAGCAAAUAUAUUUUAAGAUGUAAAUAUUAUAUGAUUAUUGUAUUUGCAAACCAUGUACUAACUGUUUGGGACUAGCUCUUGGAUUGAUUUUUAUCGAACUAUUAUACAAGAAGAUGAGCCGUGAAUAUGUUGUGCAUUGUGUACCAUCAAAAGAAUCACCUGUAAGACAAAAA